GGAAGUCACAGGAGGGAAGAAGGAAGGGGUAUCUGCUGGAAUCUAUAAAGAGGCUUUGCAGGGUGAGGACUAUAGGGAACUGUGGGGAGAGAUCUGAUACGAAUAUAAUAUCUAUUUCCUUGGGCUUCUCAGAGGCUUUUAGACUCAACUUCUAUGAGGUCUAAACUUUGCCCAUGCUGAGGAUUUUCUCCUAACAGUCCUUGUACCAUUUGGAAAAAAUGAGUCCAGGGUCAAUCUGGGAAGCAGAAGCAUUAUGAGCUGUGGUGGAAGGGACUUAUCAUAGGAAUUAGACCUGGCACUGUUGUGAGAGAGGCUGGGGAAGUAGAAGCCCAGGAGGAGAUUGGAGGAUCAGAGAAGUCGCCCACCUGUGAGCCUGAGAUGAGAAGCCCAGCACAUUUAAACAUCAAAAUGGAACUGCCAAGAGAAAGUGCCAGGGGAAACCUAUGGAAGCUGCUCCUACCUCUGUGGGUCUGUAGGCAAAUGUCCGGUGGUGGACCUGGGGCUGCUGUUGGCCAACAGAGUCAGCAGUCAGGAAGAAGAGCUGGACCCAGAGCAAAGGAGAGUGAAGACAAGCUGGAACCCGCUGUCACCUCUGCCUGUCACCACGCCUAGCCACAACAUGCUUUGGAAAGUAAUGGCUGCUGCUUCUCUCCUGCCUUCUGAAUUUUGUGUAAAUUCCUGUUUUGGCCAACUCUAACCUGGAACCAUAAAGGAAUGGAAUUCUGGGAAAUAGGAUUCCAGUUUACCAAGUUGGCACACUACACACAACCACACUAGGAAGCUAGCCGCUUAUCCACUGACAAAGCUCCCCCAGCAACUAGGAUAACACCUGGGCUGAGAAGAUACUGAGUGAGUGGACAGAUGGAAAGGCUGAAAACAGCCUUUGACUGAUAAGAACAAGUUUUACUGUCUUGGAGAUUGGAAGAUAGGAGAAAGCUACUAAGAGUUUUCUUGUUAGAAUGGGAAAUUUUUAGUAGGGUAAGGUGAAUUCAGGUGACCCCAGUCUUCCUUUGGAACUAAGUAUGAUUCUGGGUCAAAGUUUCCAUAGCACUUGAGUGCAGCCAGAUUUAAAAGAAUCUUUUUCUCAGGAAGUCCCAAGGACGUGCAUAUUUAAAGAGUUCUUUCAACAGACAGAGUUAUCUGAGGGGAAAUUACCUUAACACAAAUUGUGGAGACUCUACCUUGUUAAAAUGCACAAAUUCAUUAUCAGUGAUGCUCAGAAUAGCUUCUUCGAAGGGAUAAAAUGUUUAUUAGAAUCAAUUACAGUACAUUUGAGAGACUUCAUUCUCCCAUUUAAAGAAAGUGCUGAGUUGUAUAUUAACACUUCAAGGUCUUGAUCACUUUUUAUCUUGGGGAAAAAAAGAGAGAGAGAGAGAGAAAUGUUUGUCAUUCCAGUAGCAUAAGCAGUUGAGCCAGCACACAAUGACAUAGUUAAUUCACCAACGGAAUUUGUUGCCAUAGCUCCAGUGAGGGACAGGGUAGAUGAAACAAUGGCCUUUUUCACAAGUGCAGCUUACACCCCAACCUGCCUGUCCUAGCACAACAGGCCAUCAUAGUGCCGGUCUGGAGCACAGCAAUUGUCAGUGAACAACAGCCAAUUGGUGGCAAGAGGAGGGUUGUGGUAAAUAAAGCAAGAGCACCCAGCAACUUGGAUUUCUGCUUAUUCAACAACUGGGACACUGUUAGUUCCUGGGAGCUUAUCUUCAAGCACUGGGCAUAGAGAGCUGACUUGACCCUGGCCAAGUGCUCUGGAAAUGAGAAACAAAAAUUUCAUCUUGUGACUCAGAAGCACUCUGAAGGGAAGAGGAUCUGAGAGAAGAGGAAAAGAUCAGGAGGGCAUGGUGGGCCACCAGGAAUGCACCAUGGAUGAAGAGUCCAGGGACAAUCGCACUCCCAAAUUUUAUCGCAAGACCCUGACUGCACCUGCCCCAUUUGCAGAUGAAACCAGCUGCCAGUGCCAAGCUCCCCAUGAAAAACUGACCAUUGCUCAGGCCCGUUUAGGAACACCAGUUGACAGGCCUGUCAGGGUGUACGCAGAUGGAAUAUUUGACCUCUUCCACUCAGGUCAUGCAAGGGCACUUAUGCAAGCAAAAACACUGUUCCCCAACAGCUACUUGUUGGUAGGAGUCUGCAGUGAUGACCUCACCCACAAAUUCAAGGGUUUCACUGUGAUGAAUGAAGCAGAAAGAUACGAAGCUCUCAGACACUGUCGCUAUGUGGACGAAGUCAUCAGAGAUGCUCCAUGGACACUCACACCUGAGUUUCUGGAAAAACACAAGAUUGACUUUGUGGCCCACGAUGACAUUCCGUAUUCCUCUGCUGGCUCUGAUGAUGUUUACAAGCAUAUAAAGGAAGCAGGAAUGUUUGUUCCAACGCAGAGAACAGAAGGCAUCUCAACAUCAGACAUCAUCACCAGAAUUGUCCGUGACUAUGACGUUUAUGCUCGACGCAAUCUCCAGAGAGGGUACACGGCCAAGGAGCUGAAUGUCAGUUUUAUAAAUGAGAAGAAGUACCGUUUCCAGAACCAGGUAGAUAAGAUGAAGGAAAAGGUAAAAAACGUGGAGGAACGAUCAAAGGAAUUUGUUAAUAGAGUGGAAGAAAAGAGUCAUGAUCUAAUUCAAAAGUGGGAAGAAAAGUCAAGGGAAUUCAUUGGCAACUUCCUAGAACUGUUUGGACCGGAUGGAGCAUGGAAGCAGAUGUUCCAGGAGCGGAGUAGCCGGAUGCUUCAGGCCUUAUCCCCGAAGCAGAGCCCUAUGAACAGCCCAACCAGGAGCCGCUCCCCUUCGCGCUCCCCAUCACCCACCUUCCCGUGGCUCCCAAACAAAACCUCGCCCCCCUCCUCACCCAAAGCAGCCUCAGCCUCCAUCAGCAGCAUGAGUGAGGGGGACGAGGAUGAGAAGUAAAGGCUGCUGGCAGAUGACAAGAGGCACGCCACACAGGGUGGGAGGAGGGUGGGGUUACGCGGGAUGCCUGGGUGGUGUUGGGAAGGUAAUAGUCACAGAAGCUGCAGCUCAGCAGGGAGAUCCUGGCCACUCUGGUGAGGAAGUUCUCCAUACAACCCAAGACUUGGGCUCAGCAUGGAGGGCUCCAGCUAGCGCCGUUCUAGGUGAUGCUAACGUUCUUAGCAUCAUCUAGAAUCGCUCUACUUUAACCUUGUUAAGAAAAGCAGAAGAGUGCCACAGGGAGCCAUGCACUAAGUAGGGUGUUCUCUGCUUUGAUCCUUACACCCAUCCACACCAAGUAAACCAGCAGUGGAAGCGGCUGUUCCCUCAACCUGCUACUUCAGGCUACAUAAAGGCCCUGCACGUUGCCUCCCACCACCCCAGCUCUGCCAGAAUAAAGUUUUUUCUAAUACAGGUGGCAAAGUGCUUCUGAAAUAGUCAAGUGAAAGACAAAUUCCAGCCUUCUCAGUUGAGCCACUGAGACCUGCUGUCUCAAUGCAUCAGCUCUUUCCAAUUCCAGGAAUGUUGCCUGUAGACAAAAAGCCUUGCUUUCAGCCAGGUAUAAAAGGUCACCUAGUGUGAAGCUUCACUUCUUAGUCACAGGACAGUUUUGUCAAGGAGGACUCUACAUAAGGCCUAAUGCACUCCUAGUUGUACGUUUUCGUCAUGGGUUUGACAUCACUGUUUCCCAGAAAGUAAUCUCUGGAAAACGCAACCAAGAAAAACAGCCUAUAUAUAUUUUAAAAACAGGAGCUGCUUUGCUUUGGCCCCAAGUUUGGCCAAUGGUAAAUGUCUCCUGAAGCUACUCCUUAAAGGAUGCUAUUAUGGGAUGGCUUUUCCCAUUUCUGAUCACUUAACAGUUUCAUAGACCUCAAGUAACAGUUUGACAUACCAAACAACAUAGUAUGCCAAUAGGGGGUGCUACCUGCACGUAUCUGUUCUAUAUAUGCUCCAAACACGCCAUCCGGGGUGUAUACAAUAUGCAAUAUGAAUAUAUGGUGAUGGCAUUUUACGAUAUGCUCCUCUCCUGCUCUCCAUCCUAAUACCCAGCUGAAACCCGUGAACUACCUGGUUCCCUUGUGACUUGGGCACUUUAUCAAAAGCUCAUCCUGGAUUCCCAUAGAAAUGUUUAGUAUGUUGUUCUCGUGGCCUCCCCAUAACGCUUGUGGGUGAAAGGAGGCUCUGAAGAGUUUUACACAGAACUGUGAGAACACCAGUUACAAUCUCAGCAUUUCAGUAGUCUAGGUGGUAUUGUAGUUAUUCCUCAGCCCCAGGUUUGCCAAAUGGGAUGAAGACUGUAAGCAUUCCUACUGAGUUAUUUUGAAGUUACUCCUCCUUAAUGUAGGAAAUGAGCAAGACUUUCUUUUCACGUGAGUCAAGGUUUAGAGCCAGACUCUUGGGUAGAAACAGGCAUUGGCUGGUUAUCCUAGCAAAGCCAGAGACAGAGCUGGGGCCUGAGCACAGGCCCAAAGCAACAACUUGUAGGCAGAGCCCAGCAUCUCUUAUGACAGCAACACCCUUUUCAGAAGCUUUGGGAACCAACCUUCUAGGUGACAAGAGGGGCACCCAAUGAAGGAAGGUGGCAUAUCUUUCCCCCUUGCGUUGGGGUCAAACUACCUCCCUGACCACCUGGAGAUGAAUGGUGUUUGUUGGGAAGCAAAACUGUGAGGUUAAGUUGGCUUGUAAUCCCCUUGUUCCUGGCACUUUCUCCAGACCUCUGUAUAGCACUCAUGCAGGGCAGAGGACUGGCAGGAACUUGGCAUGUGAGAAGAAACUUUUUUGCAGUCAAGGCCCAGAAUGCAGUCUCUCUCCAGAGAGAGGCAAGAACCCUAUUCUUCUAUUCUGCCCAUUUGGUCUCUGUCUUCUAUUAUGCAUCCAGGAUGAAUGGGCACAUAUGCCUCCCAUUUUAGCUGGUUUACACUUGUAGCAGUAAAAGGAUGAGGUGGCCAGUAGGCAAGGGAAGGUGGUAAGAACAAAGGAAAAGAGGUGCCUGAAGAGAGGAAAGAGAGAUAAAGAAAAUCUUCUCUCUUAAGCCAUUUCAGGACCUCACUUUGUAGAUCAAACUCUUUCUUGGGGAGGCCUUUUAUGCCCUUACUCCAUGGCCCAGGGCAGACAGAUCCACUUUUACCUGAUUCUUGCUCUAGAGCAAAUAGUGUGGGUUUAUGUAUCAGACUGAUUAAAUAUUUGCAGGCCUUACAUACCAUACUGACAGGUGCCACCUACAUGACUUAUCAGAUUCAGUGCCACCAUUGUUGCCAAUUAUGGAAAAUGACCAACACCUGGGAUAUUCCGAGGAUGAGCCAGAACAACCCGCAAGUGAGUUCUAAAUCUCACCCUCCAUCCUUUCCCAACCUCCAACAAUACCUCCCCACUCUCUUAAGGCUACAAGUUUACUGAAAAGGAACAGGGGGGAUUCUCCAACCCAACUUUUGAUACUUCUUGGUCAUUUCCCAGUUUCUCUGAUCGCCUACCACCACCCCCCCAGUUCCCAGGAGGAGAUAAGAUUGCUCUUUGUUUGGGUUGGUCAAUCAAUUGUAAUGGCCGAGAGUUAAGGCUGGAAUGGGAGAUGUAGAAAGUAUGAUACAAGCUUGGAGAGGUAAACAGAAAUGAAAAGCAUGGAAAAGAGAUUCUUUUUGCCAUGGAAAGGCAAGGAAGCUUCAGACUAAGGAGGGCUAGAGGACAGCAAUUUAAGAUUGUGGAAGGAAGCAGGUCAUGAAGAUGGGAGAAAAAUGGGGCUGAAGCACGUGUGGGCUGUAGGUGAGGAGCUGUUUUCUGCUCCCUUUUUAAGUAUCAACACUGCAGGGCUAACAAGUGAAGGAAGGAUUCCUAUCACCUAUACUUAUGGUUAUAGGCACUGGGUUUUUUUUUUAUACUUAAGGUUAGUGGGUAGGGUUGCAGGAUGAGGGUUCCCUGCCUCUCUAGCUUCCUCAUUUCAGCACUUCAGCGUUAGCUGCCACAUACUCCUUAGGGGGACCCUGAAAGCAAAUGUUUGCCCCACUACCAGUUAAGAAACGAGGGUGGCAUUGGAAUGUCAUAGUCACAUUGAACGCCCUAAUUUUGGCAAGCCCCACUCCUGUGUGCUGGGACCUUACAAAGGCCAGGGAAAGACAACCUUAAGAGGAGCAAGACACAAAUCUGGCUUCUGACUUGCUCUGGGUGGAAGAGCCAGAGCUCCAUGCCUUAGGCUACUAGUUACUAUGAUUUCAUCUUUUGAGGGAGGGACAGGAGGAGCACAGGUUGAUUUUAGCCCCCAGUCAUAUCCCAGGGAGAGGUGCAAGACGGCGUCACUGGCUCACUUGAGUCGGAUGAGCUCCUGUCUAGCAGAGAUGUUCCCGUUUCUCAGGCAUCCAUUCAGCACUAGUCUUGGCUGUCAGAUUUUGGAAGAAGAAUUAGGUCAUGAGGCAUUUGCAACUUAUCCUACUCUCUAAACUUGAGUUUUUUGUUGUGUCACUGCGACGUGUCCAGGGACAAAGCCAUAAAAGUGCAUAUAUUCAUAAAGAUAUGCUGUACAUAUAAGACAAGAAUACAACCCUGUGUCUGGGUUAAAGCACGACCUUAUACCCAAGCAUUUGCUCUGGUGCUGAAUAAUGCAAACUACUGGAAUCAGCCCCUCCCCACUCCGGCCCUACUCCUGCUCUCAAGUGGAACAUUCCCAACUUGUUUAUAAAUAAA